AUGGCGCGAAUUCUUUGGAUCUUUUCCGACCCAUGGAUAGCUAUUUCCAACUUUAAGUCCAAGGUGAUUUCCAAGAUUCUAGCCGAAAGACUUGCUUCUAUUAUGCCUCUCCUGAUUUCUCAAGAACAAAGGGGCUUUAUAUAUGGUAGACAAAUUCUCUACUGUAUCGAAUUAGCUUAUGAAGGAAUUAAUUUGUUGGAUACUAAAGUUUGGUGUGGUAAUUUGGCAUUGAAGGUAGAUAUUAGGAAAGCUUUUGACACUCAUAAUUGGGACUUCCUAUUCAAAGUUUUGCAGCAGUUUGGGUUCAACGAUCAAUUCUGUUCGUGGAUUAGAUCCAUUCUUCAUUCGGUGUUUUUGUGCAUAAAUAUUAAUGGUGCUUUACAUGGUUUUUUUGCUUGUUCUCGUGGAGUUCGGCAAGGCGAUCUGCUCCCGCCCUUAUUGUUUUGUUUGGCUGAAGAAGUGAUUAGCAUGAGGAUUCUUCAGCUGGUUUUGGAUCGUAAACUCAAUCUCAUAUCUGAUCCGAAGAAUAUCAUGGUUCCUUCGCAUAUUUUAUAUGUGGGCGAUGUUCUUAUUUUCUGUAAAGGAACAUUUCAAAUAUCAAAAAUCUCACCAACGCCUUCAAAGAGUAUGCUGCAAUUUCAGGGCAGCAUGUCAAUUGUGGAAAGUCAUAUAUUUUUGAUGGAGCAAUGUCUGUUUCCCGACUCAGUAUUCUUAUUGCUUUCCGGUUUCAACAUUGGUUUUAAUCCCUUCACUUAUCUUGGAGUUUAG